AUGUCUUAUUCCAGGGUCAAGAUUGCCGCCCGUCUCCGACCAGCCAUCCCAGGCGAGAUCCAUGACAAUGCUAUCCGUGUCCUUAACUCCGACGCAGGCCCAUAUAUCUCCGUUGACAAUCCUAGAGACCCAUCUCAGACGUUCAAAUACCCCUUCUCGUCUUGCUAUGACCAAUCGUCCAGUCAAGACCAGAUCUUUGACCGCGAUGUUAAGCCCCUCAUAGAGGUCGUCUUCUCCGGCGUCACCGCCACUGUCUUUGCAUAUGGUGUCACUUCAUCCGGCAAGACCCACACCAUGCAAGGCAACACCCAACAUCCAGGCAUCAUCCCUCGUGCCGUUGAGGAAAUAUUCCGGAGAGCUGCCUCCACUGGCCUUCACGCAUCAAUUGCGGCUUCCUACAUGGAGAUAUACAAAGAUGAAGUGUAUGACCUUCUCGUCGACAGGGAAACAGCUGCCAAACUCCCCGUGCGCGAGAACGAAGUUGGCCAGGUCUUCGUUGCGAACCUCUCCAUGCUUCCCCUCGACUCCCUUCAAGACUUUCACACGAUCUUUUUACGCGCCAACAAGCAACGUUCUGUCAGCUCCACCAACCUCAACUCGGUUUCGUCCCGUUCCCAUGCUAUUCUCACAAUUCACGUCAACGUCAUCGAUCCUGUGGCCAACAUGACCUUAGCUGGUAAACUGAACCUCGUCGAUCUUGCAGGCUCAGAGAACAACAAGCUCACCGGCAACGACGCGACCCGCAUGGCUGAGUCAGCGGCGAUCAACAAGUCGCUCAGCGUCCUCGGCCAGGUCGUGCAUGCGCUCAACCAAGGCGCAAGCCGCAUUCCGUACCGCAACUCCAAGCUCACGCGGAUAUUGCAAGACGCGCUGGGCGGAAGCUCCAUUGGUCUCCUGAUAUGCAACCUCGCGCCAGGCACGAAGUUCCGACAAGAUACCCUCAAUACCCUCAACUUCGCCGUCCGGACAAAGAACAUCCAGAACAAACCCGUGGUCAAUCAACAAGCCACAACAGUCGCAGCACUACCAAAGCCCAUCCAGCUCUCCACCUCAUUCACCUUGACUUCGUUCAACCAGCCUUCGUCGGCGGCCACAGCUGGACCUUCCCGCCUUCCUGGUCCCCGACCCUCACGUGUCCCCAGACCGUCCGGCUUCGGCUUGGACCAUGUAGGCGGGCGCAGCUCACUCCCUCUCCCCCUUGUUGCUGAAGCCAUUAAGAUUGAGGAGAAACCACCUGUCGUCCCUGCACACCUCACGGAAGAGGAGAUUAAUGCCCGCAUCGCGAAAGCCGUGGAGCGCGAGGUAGCCCGUCGCCUUGAAGAAGAGCGUGAGCGUCUCCGGCGUGAGGAGGAGGAGAGGGCUGCCAACCUCUCAGCAGGUUCCUCCGCCUCCGCCUCCCGCAACCACCAUGUAAUCACCGACGGCAGCACCAACAUCAGCAUCAACACCACCCAGGAAGACAACUCGACGUCAUCUUCAUCAUCGGCACUCGAGUCUCUCCCCUCGGGUAUGCUCACGCCGCUGCUAAAGUCCAAGGCCGGCGCGUCCGAGGACGAGCUCAAGCGCCGCCUCGAUGAGCUCGAGGCCAGAUUCGAGCGCGCUAACAAAGCGGCUAGCACGGCGCUGCAUCUUGCCGACGUGCUUUCACCGAUCUCGAAGAAGAAGACUGGGCGGGCGUAUGUCGCCCUCGCGCGGUCGCAGUCGCAGAAGAAUAACCUCGAAGUGGCCCUGGAACUGUAUCGCAAAGCCGAGACGUACGUCCCGGACAACGUCAAGCUCCGGGAGAGAAUUAUCGAGAUCGAGUGGGCAGUCAAGAACAACCGCCCGUUCAACCCUUCCCCCAAGAAACGCCGCCGCGCAGCCCAGUCCAAGAGCAAGUCUGGGCGCAGCAAGCGCAAGGCGACGCCGUCCCGGGACCAGGAUGGUGAUGCAGAGGAGUCCGGCAAGGAGAAUUUCAGCGGCGAUGAGGCUCUGAGCGCAGGGAAGCGCAAAGUCGAGGACGCGGAGGCGGGCACACCACCGAGGAAGCGAAGGCUCGUUAAGAUCGAGGAGCUGGCUUGAGUGAUUGUGCCAGUGUGCGGACGGCUUUGUGGAUUAUCCCUCGUGCGAACGCGUUCCUGCCCCACGGUCUUCCGUUGUAUGGGUAUAGUGAUAGGAUAGGAUACAUAUAUUACCGGUUUU